CGUCUCUUUAGAUUACAUAGAAAACAGAGAGAUUUCUUCAUCUUUAGCUCUGUGCUUACUGCUUUAGGAGGGAAAUAAAAAAAUUUCCAAGUCCCAUUACAGAACAGAAGCUACCCAAGCCAGAGCCAAAGCAAAGACCCAAGAAAGCUUCUCUCUUUGCUUUUCUUCUCGGAAUCUUAAAGCCCAUUUCAGGCAGAGAAAAAAGAGAAAUGUUUGCUGCUGAGAACGGACUUAGAGGAGACCCCAGGCUACAAGGCAUCUCUGAAGCUAUUAGGGUGGUGCCUGACUUUCCCAAGCCAGGAAUAAUGUUUCAAGACAUAACAACCUUGUUUCUGGAUCACAAGGUUUUUAAAGAUACAGUAGACAUAUUUGUUGAUCGCUACAGAGAUAUGGGCAUUUCUGUUGUUGCUGGAAUUGAAGCUAGAGGGUUCAUGUUUGGCCCAUCAAUUGCCUUAGCCAUUGGUGCAAAGUUUGUUCCUUUAAGAAAAUCCGGAAAGCUGCCAGGUCCAGUUAUCUCUGAACAGUACGUGCUGGAAUAUGGAACCGACUGUCUAGAAAUGCAUGUUGGUGCUGUUCAGCCUGCGGAACGUGCAUUGGUAAUUGAUGAUUUGAUAGCUACAGGAGGGACCAUGUCAGCAGCAAUAAGACUCCUGGAACGCAUGGGGGCUGAAGUUGUCGAAUGCGCAUGUGUUAUUGGGUUGCCAGAGGUUAAGGGGCAGUGCAGGCUCAAAGGAAAGCCACUUUAUAUCCUCGUGGAGCCACGAGACAUAGACUGUUAUCAAGAGCUGUGAGUUUGAAAAUGCUUGUGCUGACUUGCAGAAAGAGAUGAUGCUCGAGCAAUAGGUCAAAUGAUAUGAUGAUAUGUUUUCUAUGAUUUGUUGUCCUAUCUUUACCAAAAUGAAAUUCGUCCUGAUUUGGGCGCUUGUGUUCAUCAUUUGUUGUAGAAAGGUUGUUUUCUCUUA